UGCAGAUGUGUGAGACCUUUUAUUGUAAGAGUGGACAGACAUCCCAGAUUUCAGAGCCCCAUAUUCGAACCCCGUGGGAUCCCGCGGCCCCCAGCGAGCGCCAGCAUGCAGAACAGUCACAGCGGAGUGAAUCAGCUCGGUGGUGUCUUUGUCAACGGGCGGCCACUGCCGGACUCCACCCGGCAGAAGAUCGUAGAGCUAGCUCACAGCGGGGCCCGGCCGUGCGACAUUUCCCGAAUUCUGCAGACCCAUGCAGAUGCAAAAGUCCAAGUGCUGGACAAUCAAAACGUGUCCAACGGAUGUGUGAGUAAAAUUCUGGGCAGGUAUUACGAGACUGGCUCCAUCAGACCCAGGGCGAUCGGUGGUAGUAAACCGAGAGUAGCGACUCCAGAAGUUGUAAGCAAAAUAGCCCAGUAUAAGCGGGAGUGCCCGUCCAUCUUUGCUUGGGAAAUCCGAGACAGAUUACUGUCCGAGGGGGUCUGUACCAACGAUAACAUACCAAGUGUGUCAUCAAUAAACAGAGUUCUUCGCAACCUGGCUAGCGAAAAGCAACAGAUGGGCGCAGACGGCAUGUAUGACAAACUAAGGAUGUUGAACGGGCAGACCGGAAGCUGGGGCACCCGCCCUGGUUGGUAUCCGGGGACUUCGGUGCCAGGGCAACCUACGCAAGAUGGCUGCCAGCAACAGGAAGGAGGGGGAGAGAAUACCAACUCCAUCAGUUCCAAUGGAGAAGAUUCAGACGAGGCCCAGAUGCGACUUCAGCUGAAGCGGAAGCUGCAGAGAAAUAGAACAUCCUUUACCCAAGAGCAAAUUGAGGCCCUGGAGAAAGAGUUUGAGAGAACCCAUUAUCCGGAUGUGUUUGCCCGAGAAAGACUAGCAGCCAAAAUCGAUCUACCUGAAGCAAGAAUACAGGUAUGGUUUUCUAAUCGGAGGGCCAAAUGGAGAAGGGAAGAAAAACUGAGGAACCAGAGGAGACAGGCCAGCAACACCCCCAGUCACAUCCCCAUCAGCAGUAGCUUCAGCACCAGUGUCUACCAACCGAUCCCACAACCCACCACACCUGUUUCCUCCUUCACCUCGGGCUCCAUGUUGGGCCGGACAGACACUGCCCUCACCAACACGUACAGCGCCCUGCCGCCUAUGCCCAGCUUCACCAUGGCAAAUAACCUGCCUAUGCAACCCCCAGUCCCCAGCCAGACCUCCUCGUACUCCUGCAUGCUGCCCACCAGCCCUUCGGUGAACGGGCGGAGUUAUGACACCUACACCCCCCCACAUAUGCAGACACACAUGAACAGUCAGCCGAUGGGCACCUCGGGCACCACUUCCACAGGACUCAUUUCCCCUGGUGUGUCAGUUCCAGUUCAAGUUCCUGGAAGUGAACCUGAUAUGUCUCAGUAUUGGCCAAGAUUACAGUAAAAAAAAAAAAAAAAAAGGAUAUAUUGUGUUAAUUCAGUCAGUGACUAUGUGGACACAACAGUUGGGCGUUCAGGAAGGAAAGAAAAAUGGUUGUUAGAAGCACUUCAGUUCUGCAAUUGUGUCCUGUAUUGUACCACUGGGGAAUGGACUUGAAACAAGGACCUUUGUAUACAGAAGGCACGAUAUCAGUUGGAACAAAUCUUCAUUUUGGUAUCCAAACUUUUAUUCAU